UUCUCCUCCUUCCCUCCUCCCCUCCCCUUCACUCAAAUGAUGAAGAGUUCUUCAGUCAUGCCCUUCAUCCAUGAACCGGCCCACAUGGGCCGCUUCAAGUGUCCGGUUCAAGAAACCGUGCUCACAACAGCCGAGAUUCAGGAGCUACUGUCCUUGCUUCAAGCAGGGAACUCGGCCUCCCCAAGCUCAGAGGGGUCGAACCGGGAGGCCGAUACAGUUGAUGAGAGAAAGCGUAGGCGGAUGAUGUCAAACCGCGAGUCAGCCCGGCGGUCCAGGUGGAGAAAGAAGAGGCAUUUAGAGGACCUGACGAGCGAGGUGGACCGGUUGAAAAUAGAGAACCAGGAGCUGAAGAACCGUUUGGGGCUGGUUGCUCAAAACUGUCACGUAUUAUGGAGAGAAAAUGACCGGAUGACAUCCGAGUCCUUAGCACUACGUGCAAGACUUUCGGAUUUAUACCGGAUUUUGAUUGCCAUGCAGACGCAGUGCUCACAAUAAUUAUUAAAUAUUUCCACGUCUAAUCCAUUUAUAAAAAGAAUCCCGAAAUUAGCAAAAUGAUCAUCAUUAAUAAGCUUAAUGAAGAUUAAUUAGAGGAAAGGUCAAAAAGUUGUAUGGUUUUGUGGGGUACAUUAGGCUGCAUGCAUGCUCAGUGUGUCACUGAAAAUGAUGGUUAAAUUGUCUUUUGGGUUUUACUUUACUUUUGGGUUCCCGUUGUCGAUCGGGGGAGACUUUCUUUUUAGUAGCUUUGUAAGUACUGAGAGCAGCACGUAAUCAUGUCUACAUAUGAGAGAGAUGCUGCAAGGAGCGGAAUGUAUGCAAAUAUUUCUCCGGCGAUAUUUGUUAGGCCUUUUAGCUUUAUCACCAUGCAUGCUCUAUCGGGCUUGGCGCUUCGUGUAAAUAUUUGUAUUGAAGAAUAUUUAUGUAUUGAACUUGAGGCACUUGUUUUUGCCUUUUUCAAAAAGAUUGGUAGUAGCUACGUAGCUCUGCA